UUUGAACACUUGUUAUUUAAUUCUCUAAACUAUGUUCGUUUUAAUUUCAGGUUUAAUAUGCCGUGCACUGCCCAGGGGUAGCCCACAUGCUGAACUUAAAGAAAGAACAGUGUUGUCUGGUUCUAUAAUGCAAGGCACACCAAGAGCAACAUCUGAAAGUUUCGAGGAAGGCUUGAAAUACCCUAAACAGAUUAAGAGAGAGUCACCUCCCAUAAGGGCAUUCGAAGGAGCCAUCACUAAAGGGAAGCCGUAUGAUGGAGUCACUACCAUCAAGGAAAUGGGCCGUUCCAUCCAUGAGAUCCCAAGACAGGACCUGUUAAGCCAGGAGAGUCGCAAGACUCCCGAAAUCGUGCAGACAGCCAGGCCAAUCAUAGAAGGCUCCAUAUCUCAGGUAAAUACAGAAGGCUCUCUGUAGAAUCUUAUGGUUGCU